CUACGUUAGCUAGCCAACUACUUUUCGACCACUUCUAUUAGUGUAAACACCCAGCCAGGAUGCCUGAGAUAAAAGUGACACCACUGGGUGCUGGACAAGAUGUUGGCCGCAGCUGCAUCCUUGUCUCCAUUGGUGGCAAAAAUGUUAUGCUUGAUUGUGGGAUGCACAUGGGUUUCAAUGAUGAUAGACGAUUCCCAGAUUUCUCCUACAUAACACAACAAGGACGCCUGACAGAAUUCUUGGACUGUGUGAUUAUCAGUCAUUUCCACCUGGACCACUGUGGUGCUUUGCCAUACAUGAGUGAAAUGGUGGGCUACGAUGGGCCCAUCUACAUGACCCACCCCACCAAGGCCAUCUGCCCCAUCCUACUGGAGGACUUCAGGAAGAUCACCGUGGACAAGAAGGGUGAGACCAACUUCUUCACAUCCCAGAUGAUCAAGGACUGCAUGAAGAAAGUAGUCCCUUUGAACCUCCACCAGACCGUCCAGGUGGACGAUGAGCUGGAGAUCAAGGCUUACUAUGCAGGCCACGUCCUGGGAGCUGCUAUGGUGCAGAUCAAAGUAGGAUCAGAGUCAGUGGUCUACACUGGUGACUAUAACAUGACGCCAGACAGACAUUUAGGGGCUGCGUGGAUUGAUAAGUGUCGGCCUGACAUCCUCAUCUCAGAGUCUACCUACGCCACCACCAUCCGUGACUCAAAGAGGUGCAGGGAGAGGGACUUCCUGAAGAAAGUACAUGAGACAGUGGAGAGAGGAGGAAAGGUUCUGAUUCCGGUCUUUGCCCUGGGAAGAGCUCAGGAACUGUGUAUUCUAUUGGAAACAUUCUGGGAGCGGAUGAACAUGAAGGCUCCCAUCUACUUCUCCACGGGGCUCACAGAGAAAGCCAAUCACUACUACAAACUCUUCAUCACCUGGACCAAUCAGAAGAUCAGAAAAACCUUUGUACAGAGAAACAUGUUUGAGUUCAAACACAUCAAGGCCUUUGAUCGCUCCUACGCAGACAACCCUGGACCAAUGGUGGUGUUUGCCACCCCAGGAAUGUUGCAUGCUGGUCAGUCUCUACAGAUAUUCAAGAAGUGGGCUGGCAACGAGAAGAAUAUGAUCAUCAUGCCUGGGUAUUGUGUGCAAGGCACAAUCGGACACAAGAUCCUGAAUGGUCAAAAGAAACUGGAGAUGGAAAAUAGACAAACGUUGGAGGUGAAGCUGCAGGUGGAGUACAUGUCGUUCAGCGCCCAUGCAGACGCUAAGGGCAUCAUGCAGCUCAUCCGCAUGGCAGAGCCUCGCAACAUGCUGCUGGUGCACGGAGAGGCCAAGAAGAUGGAGUUCCUCAAGGACAAGAUUGAGCAGGAGUUCAGCAUCAACUGCUUCAUGCCAGCCAACGGUGAGACGACCACUGUGAUCACCAACCCCAGUGUCCCAGUGGACAUCUCACUCAACCUGCUCAAGAGAGAGAUGGCCCUUGGAGGCCCCUUACCUGACCCGAAGAAGCCUCGCACCAUGCAUGGGACCCUGAUCAUGAAGGAUAAUAGUCUUCGGCUGGUCUCUCCAGAGCAGGCUCUCAAGGAGCUGGGCCUCAACGAGCACCAGCUCCGCUUCACCUGCCGAGUGCAGCUCCAGGACUCACACAGUGACUCCGACACCCUCAUCAGGAUCUACACACACCUCAAGAGUCUACUGAAAGGUUAUACCAUCCAGCACCUCCCAGACGGGACUGUCAUGGUGGAGUCCAUUGUGAUCAAGGUGUCCUCCUCAGCUGAAGAGCCCAACACCAAGGUGCUGCUGCUCUCCUGGAGCUAUCAGGAUGAAGAUCUGGGGAGCUUUCUGUCUACUCUGCUGAAGAAAGGACUUCCAUCAGGAUUGUCUUCAAUAUGAUCCCAUUGUUCAGUGUAGCUUUCUGUAAAGGUUAAUCUGUCUGUUGUACAAAGCUGAUUUGAAUACAUCGUUUUUUUAUAAAUAAAAGAAGAUUCUUGA